AUGAGCAACCUGAAUCUCACCCCGGAGGAAGUGAUGGCUUUGAUGAGAGCCCAAGCCUUCAGCACUGGCAAUACAGGUAGUAUUGGCAAUGGCGCUAACCCAAACAUUGGAGCACAACUUCAAUCUCUCUUGCAAUUGACUUCUUCAUCAGGAAACCCCAGUCAUGGUACCGGUACCACUGGCACUUCCGCUGGUGCUGGUCCUAGUACUAGCCCUGGACCCGCUGGACCCGCUGCUACUAGUAACUAUACUACCAGUAGCUUGGAGUCUCAGCUGCUCGAGCUUCAGCUGCGGCGCAUCCAGGAAGCUGGUGGGCAGUACAAUGUCAGAAGCGGAUCUGCGCUCUCCUCAAAUGCAAGUGUGGAGCUGACACAACUCCGAGCUCUCGCACUCUUGCAAGCUGCUCAAACCGCUCCGUCCGCACCUGCUCCCAGCGCUCCAGCCCCCGCUGUGCAGGCGUCAGUGCCAGGUUCCGCUGCAGCUCCCCCUUCAGGUUCAGUGAGCAACUUGCAAUUACUUAGGCUGCUGCAAACCCAUGGGGCCAAGAAACAAGCUCAGAGUCAAUCUCAAGCUCAAGCUCAACCAAGCGAGAACGUUGCACUUGCUCCUGCCCUGGCUGCGGCCGCUGCUGCGGACAGCACUACUGCCAGUACCGGUACUGGUGCGGAGCACCCGUUGCUGCAAUGGCUCAAUAGCAGGGCGAAUGCAGGGGGCAUGACCGCGUCCACACCCGCUGCUGCUGCAGCAUCCGUCCUCAACAAUAGCGGCUCUGGAGAUGUGAAUGACCAGGUUGACCUUCAAGCAAGCAUCGCUCGUUUCCUCAUGCUGCAACAGCAGAGGAAUCAGCUGCACCAACAAGAUCAAGAGGAAGUUGAUCGAAAGCAACCCGCUAUUGGUCAUCACCACAUGCAAACCAGUCGUCCUUCUCCUCCCGCCUCUGCCCUCACGUCCAUGUCAGCGUCUGCUCCGACACUGCCUCCCCCUGCAUUGUCUGCUCUCGAAGCAUGCCGACGACUUGGUCUAUCUGCCUCACAGGCUCCAGCCUUGGCUGCCGCGAUGGCGGUCGCACAAGGGGACAACGGCAACGCCACUCACAGCAGGAGCACAUACGCUCCCCAAGCAGCAACUACAAAUGCCCCCUCCACCCAGCUUGCCGCACUACUUCAGCUUGCACGAGGCACCAUCUCGAACACGAGCACCGCCCCGGGGGAACCACCAGAGGAGGAGGACCAAGACAGUGUGGAAGGUGCGGAAAAGGGCAAGCCACGCAAGGGACGAGCCAUCAAAUUCCCUGCGACUUUGCACAGUAUUCUCUGCACCAUCGAGCAGGAAGGACGUGGUGACGUUGCCUCCUUCGUCCCAGACGGAUCAGGAUUCAUUGUCCAUGACCCAAAAGCGUUCGUUCGAGAGUACUUGUCGAGGCACUUCAAGUCUUCCACAUUCUCCAGCUUUCAAAGACAAGUCAACCUAUACUGCUUCAAACGAAUCAAAGUUGGCACUGACAGCAUCUACAAGCAUCCCAAGUUCCACAGAGAUCAUCCAGGACUCGUCCUCGAGAUGACACGAACGAAAAUCAAGAAUCCCAAGCUGGCUGCUGCCGCUUCCGCCCGAAAGAUGAAGCGAAAGCAGCAACAAGAAUAG